GCCCGUACUAACCACAGGUCCGCCAUCCAGACAAUCUGCAGCAAUGGCGAUCAAGCACAACCAGCAGAUUCAGAAGAACCAUUUCCACAAGGACUGGCAACGCUACGUCCGCGUGCACUUCGACCAGCCUGGCAAGAAGAAGUCGAGACGUAAUGCUCGUGUCGCCAAGGCCGCGAAGGUCGCUCCUCGCCCGGUCGACCUUCUCCGCCCCGUUGUCCGAUGCCCGACCAUCAAGUACAACCGCCGCGUCAGGCCCGGUCGUGGCUUCUCUCUCGUUGAGCUGAAGGCUGCCGGCAUUCCCCGCAAGUUCGCCCGUACCAUCGGUAUCUCGGUCGACCCCCGCCGCCAGAACCUCUCCGAGGAGGGCCUCAAGGCCAACGUGGAGCGCCUCCAGGAGUUCAGGAAGCGCCUCAUCCUCUUCCCUCGCCGCAACGGCAAGUCGAAGAACGGUGACUCUUCCGCUGAGGACCUCAAGACCGCCAAGACCGGUGAGAAGAUUGCCUCCAGCACCGCCAUUGCCCUACCCAUCAAGAACGUCAUCGAGUUCGAGUCUGGCCCCAUUGCCAACUACAAGGGCGAGGAGAACGCUUACAGGAAGCUCCGCGACGCUCGUUCUGAGGCCCGCCUUGUCGGUGUCCGUGAGAAGCGCGCGAAGGCGAAGGCUGAUGAGGCCGAUUCCAAGAAGAAAUAAGCUACACGCUGAGGUAGUGGUUCGGUUCUUUGCUAUGCCUUACGAUGGAUUCAAAAGUCAUGGGUACAAUCUGGCGAAGGGUAUUCCCAGCAUGGGCGGCGUCAAAUGGUUAGGUCUGCCGAUAUGGUAGCGAUGUGAAUGAUACCUAGUUUUGCAAAUGCAAGCCAGUGCCCCCAC